AUGUGCACGCAAAAUUUGGCCACGUUGACAAACAGCAUAACAGUCGGGAAAAAGAGCACACUGGGAACAAUGUCUUUUGGAUAUUCAAUCGAUACGACAACCAACUGUCUGAUCGCCAACUGGUAUUGUUAUGCCGAUCAGUUCAGUAGCACUCACUUUGAUGUCUAUGCGACUUCUUCGGCAACGGUACCAGUCUCCCAGUGGAAUACUUGCCUAUUUACGCUUGGAAUGAACUCGACUGACUCAACUCCGGGAUAUACGCCAUUCACUUGUUCGGCCUCUCAAACAUGGCAAUUCAAUCAGACAAACUUUGACGCCUGGAGUUGCUACGAUUCGUCAAAUUCUUGU